AUGACGUUUUCCGAUAAACGUGCCCACCCAUGGAAAUCAAAGGCCAGCACACGGGCCGCGGAGCUGGAGAGGUGUGAGGCCAACCACCUGAUGAUCAUGUUUAGGGAUGGAGGCUGCCAGUUCCGAGCCAUCUACUCCUUCUCCCCCGACACUGAAGAGAUUGUCAAGUUUACUGGCAUGGGGCCACGGAGCAUCAGCCGUAAGAUGAUUGACAAGCUCUACAAGUACAGCUCUGACCGCAAGCAGUUCAACUGCAUCCCCACCAAGACCGUGUCGGUCAGCGUGGACGCCCUGUCCAUUCACAACCAACUGUGGCAUAUCAAGAGGCCUGGUGGGUCUUCUAGGAAGAAGUGAGGUAGAGGAUAAGAGGGCACUUCAUAAGGAGUCAUCCUACAGUUGGGCAGGACCCAGUAAUCUCAGAAAUGAAUGACAAGUGACACUUAUGGAGGAUGUGGCUGUUGUUAAAAGUCUGUCUUUGAUCUGUCCCAAUGUGGGUGUAGCCUUUGGAUUCUACCAAAGGUGGAGGUGGAUAUGAGAGUUUGAAUGAACACCUUCAAUCUGAAUGUGCAGUUGAUUAGAAUUUUUUUCUCAAGGCAGUUUUAUGCAUGUAGCAUUCUUGUUUUAGAUUUUGGGCUUUACGCUAAAGGGCCAACUGACUGAAGGGCAUAUUGUUUGGUUUAUUGUUUGAUACUAAACACACACAUCUACUGUUAUGUAAUAGAGUGAAAAGAGAGCUACACAGGACUACUGAAAUAAGUGCUAGAAUCAUUACUGAAAGUCCUGUCUAGCAAAAUCCUGCUACUGUGAUUCUUCUGAUCUCCUAUACUAAGCAAUUUAUUUAAUACUACUACAAUGGGUUAGAAUUUCAGUACUUGAACCACCAUCUUUUUAACCAAUUUGCUUAACCUUUUGUUAGGUACAAAAUUAUGAGAGACUAGUAUGGUCAAGUCUGAUUUUAUGUGCACGUUUUUUUCGAGGGGGUUAGUAGUGAGCUGCUGUCUCACGUUGAAUGUAUUAACUCAUUGAAUUAUGCUUUUAAAAAGUGAUAUCACGGAAUCAAACAAGCUUUCCCACUGUUAAAUAGGAAUUGUAGGCUCCUGUCCCAGGGCUCCUGUCCCAUAAUGUCCUUACUGUUGUUAUUGUUAGUGGGAAGGUGGUUACAGUAUUUACUUGCUUCCAAACGAACAGGCUUUGGUCUACAGUAGAAUGCUGAUCUGUGAUCAAUCAUACUUAGGAUGCUGCAAAUGCACUAAAUACUCAGCUCACUCUUACUACAAGAGAACCACCAGUAUCUUCUGCUGCUUUUCAUUUAACACUGCAAUCUGAUCUGAAGUCUGACUUAAUGUAGCUGACAAGGUUUCAUAUUUUUCAUUGCCAUGUGAUUUGACCAGGACAACAAGGAAAACCUAGCUUUAGCCACAGCCUAUAAUAAAGGCCUGGAGUUACCCUUAAUCAAGUCACGUGGUUGGGAAACUUCUGACGACUAAAACUGUCUGUGAGCACUAAAAGCAACUCUGCAAUGACUGACUCUGUUUCAAACGUGUUCAAGUCAAAGGAAUUCCUUAAUACUUGAUAUUCAUUAUUAUUUGCUGCAUUUUCUAUAAUAGUGUUUGUUUUUUUAUAUUGCACCUCUUUAUGCUUCCUAAAAGUUGGCAGUAUUAAGAUUAUUUCUG